UCGUCAUACUGAAGAAACUGGUGGUGUCUGGGUUGUCAGGGGUUCGUUGUUCUUGUUAACCGUUGGUCGUUGUCCGUUGUGCAGCAGGUACGUGAGCGAGCGAGCGAGCGGAUAAUAACUGCAGCGCGCUAGCAACUUACUCCUGGGUUGUGACCAGAAACUGAAACAAGCUUAGGCCUAUUUUUGUACGUGCAAGGGUUACAAUGCUAAGUUGGUGCAGAACUUGCUCGGCCCAAGGAAUAUGAAAUUGAGUUAUCAGGCCAGUGCGUUUCUCCGCGAUAUUGAGCGUGUUGUUGCAUGAUUGCCUUGAAAUUGUUUUUUUGGGGGAAUGUGCCAGAUGGCUCUUAUCUUCGUUUUCUGGGAUUGAAGUGAUACCCGGAAGUAGAGGAGGUUGCUUGUUCUUGCGACUUGGUGGUGGAGAAUGGUGAAGCACGGUAAAGGGAUUAAGCGGUCGUUAGGAAGGGCAAAAGUUCCGCGCGCGAUGCGAUGCAGGUUGGAGAGAUAUUGAUAAGGAUUUUUCGUUGUGCCAGUCAGCGUUUUACGCGCGUUAGCUGGAGGAAACCACGGCGUAGACUUUCCUAAGCAGCAGUCACAGAUGAGGAGCAGAGGAGAGGCAGCAGGAUCCGGAUCAGAUCUGGUUAUGAAAAAUAACACAUAUGAAAUAUAACAGCUGUUGGUGCAGGUCUGAUGUUGAUGAGGUACAUAGGCCGACGUGGUUUAAGAUGAGCAGAUGAAGAUUAGUUUGAAGCGAGGUAGCGGCACAACGCGGAGAAGGUUCGGAACCCAUUUCGCGGUUUGGCCGGACAAGUACUUGCCGAAGCAGCAUGAAAAGAACGACAACGUAAUUCGCUUCUUCGCACUUAAUGUUGAGGACGAGUCUCAGUGCAUGAAGGGUGACUUCGAAUUCAGUGUUAAAAACCGCACCGCCACCAGAGACGCAGUCGGCUGGGACGUCGGAUAUUUCGCACGGGACCAACACAUAACGUUGAAGCCCGGUCCCUUCCUGGAGUUUGUACGGCACGUCGGCACGCUGGUGCUCGAUGUACAUAAGUAUACGGUCUUGCGUGAUCGCUCCAAGCUGCACGGCUAUGUGGUACCUGAGGGUCUCAUGUAUGGGCCAUUGGGCAUUGCGAAGCUCGACGAAUAUCGCGCAUUGGAAAAACCGCGUGUCGUUCCCUUCUCCUAA